CCCUCAAAGCUCAGCUCUUCAUGAGAUUCCUUUCCCUCUCUUUAUUUAGUCCCGAACCAAAACUCGCUCCUCAACUCAAUCAUCAUCUCACCUUGACUCGGUCCUCACUCACUCCCAUGGAGCUCUUAUUACUACCCAUCAUCAUCAUUCAAACCUUCAUCACUCCAAUAUCAAUCGCGAUCAGCAACCGUUGAUCUUUUAUAAAUCUGAAAAAGUCUCUUCCUUUCCCCCCCUUUCUGUUGACUUUAUUGUUCCGUCAACGAAUCAGAUGGCUCGUUCGCCGUUUCAUCGGAUUCUGCUCUUUGCUUGGAUAGUUGUCCUCUUAAUGGAUGGGGUUCACGCGAGUGAUGGUGAUGCUGAUCCGAUUUACAAAGCUUGUGUGGAGCAAUGUGAGAAAACUGGGUGUGUGGGGGAAAAAUGCUUCCAACACUGUAAAUUCUCGUCUGAUGGGAAGCCGGAGGGUGGGCCAUGGUAUCUACAAGAGCCACUCUAUCUGCAGUGGAAACAAUGGGAUUGUCGUAGUGACUGUCGAUACCACUGCAUGCUCACCAGGGAGGAAGAAAGAGAGAAACUUGGUGGGAAGCCUGUCAAGUAUCAUGGGAAAUGGCUGUUUCGUCGUGCUUAUGGUUUUCAGGAACCUGUUUCUGUUGCUCUCUCUGCACUCAAUCUCGCUAUUCAGUUUCAUGGUUGGGUAUCCUUUUUCAUCCUGAUAUACUACAAGUUGCCGCUGACUCCUAGUAAGAAGAAUUACUAUGAAUAUACUGGCUUGUGGAACAUCUAUGGGAUCCUAUCUAUGAACUCCUGGUUCUGGAGUGCUGUUUUCCACAGUCGAGAUGUUGAGUUGACAGAGAAACUACAUUUUUCGUCUGCUGUGGCAUUACUAGGGUUUUCCCUUAUCCUAGCAAUACUGCGAGCUUUCAGCGUGAGAAAUGAGGCUUCCAGGGUCAUGGUUUCUACUCCAGUGAUUGCAUUUGUUACUACACAUAUCUUAUAUCUGAACUGCUACAACCUUGAUUAUGGUCUAAACAUUAAAGUUUGUGUAACCAUGGGCGUAGCCCAGCUUCUCAUUUGGGCAGUGUGGGCUGGUGUCACUCACCACCCUUCCUGGUCUAAGUUGUGGGUGGCUGUUGUUGGAGGCGGACUUGCCAUGCUCUUGGAAAUAUAUGACUUCCCGCCUUACCACAGAUUUGUGGAUGCUCAUGCUCUCUGGCAUGCCACUACCAUCCCACUUACAUAUCUUUGGUGGAGCUUUGCGAAGGAUGAUGCUGAGUUUAGAACAUCAAGUCUCCACAAGAAAGCAAAGUAGAAUUUCUCUACCCUAAUGCUUGUGGUAAAUGAUUUUUUGGACAGCAUCAAGCACAUUAAGUACCUCUCUGUUGAACAUCUGAACUGCAGUUCCUUGUGUAUACCUUUUUCCCAAAUGCUUAGGCAUUUGUUGGCCCUUUCAUUAGCACUUCAAUUAGUGAUCAUCUGAUUAUUUCAUGAUGUUGUAUAGAUUCUGCAACGAAAUUCAACUUUUAGAUCACUAUACGUUUUCAUUUUCAUUUUUGUCUAAAGAAUCUGGGGUAACCACAUUUUUGUAUAAAGUGUGUUUUCUGUUUAUAGAUAUGGUGGGUUUCAUGGUUUUUGCUUAA